UCAAAAUUAAAACGUUAGAUGACUGUUCAGAGGUCACAGAAGAAGACAAAUACUACAAGACACUUGAAUAACUCUUCUAUCAAACUCAAACUUCUUGACGAAUUAUUCCUGCAUGCAUGUUAUAACAUAGUAGAACAACCAUUUAGUUGAAUAAAAGAAAAAGAACUAAUGUAAGAGUAGAAUACUGUAUUUUAUCCACGAUUGUACAAUAGUACACCACAUUUUCAUUAAUAUCUUAUGACAUUCCAAUAUUGCUAUCUAUAGCAAUAUCUCUAUGUUCAGGACUUCUGUCCGUGGUUGUGACCAUAAAGUUUGAUAAACCAGUGAAUAAUGGCUGAUAAAUCACAUCAAUGUCAUAAUGCUCAAGAAAACAGAUAAUGAUCACUUCAAACAUCGUUCUUUGAUCAAUUUAUGCUGGUAGAAAACGAAAAUCAUGAUUCUCUCCAAUCUGGAGAAAAUUGGGAGGUUAGACAUCAAUCUCAUGCAGAUAAUUAGUUCGGCAUACAGGUAGCAUCAAAAUGGGUGAAGGACUCAAAGCGUUUCACGAGAUAACAAGAAAUAUUAAUAAUCAAGAUGAAAAAAUUUGGCGUCAAACUGCUGCAAAGAAAUGUUUGAAGAAGGAAUUUGAGAAAAUGGAAGAGCAAUCAAAACGAUAUGAAGUUCUAAUCGCAACUCUCAAAAAAGAUCCGCUAUACAAGAAACAUGAAGAGUUUGCGCGACUACUGGAGGAUAAUAUGAAAGAGCACAUACAAACACACAAAUUAGUGUCGCUGGCUAUAAACGCCCAGAACGAAGAAACCGAACGAAAAAUCAAAGACAUCAAAUCUUGGGAUGAAAAAUACGAACAGGUCAUCUCCGACCUCAAGGAAGCCUACGAUUUGAAGAAAAAAUUCAUGGAAUCCACCAAUCCCACCUACAAAAAAUUUUUGGAAAUCGAGGCUUCUCGAAAAGGGGCCGAGGUACUGCUGAAGCAGCUGACAGCUUCUUCUGAGAGACGCCGAAGGAGCGAGGAACAGUUGGAAUCGAUAAAGGAGAAAAUUUUCCACAAGACAAUCUUGAACUUCGUCAACGCCGUCAUAAGGAAGAAGAAGCACCAGGAAAUCAGUUCCAAGUUGAAAGUUUUAGCGGAUAAAAAGAUACAAAUGGUGAGGGGAAUGUUUGAAGCCCAGGAAGCAAUGAAAAAACUUCGAGUCCGGCCCACUCAAAUACCAAGCGCUAUGUUCACAAGAAGGGUCCCAAAUUUGCCAGCAUCAACAGGAAUUUGGAAUAGAAAUGAAAAAAGGAGUAUGAUAGAGUUGCCACAGCAUAUAAACCAGCAGAAACGAAUUGCUGUGGAGCAAAAGAAUCCUGCAACAAAAGAAAAAACAGGAAAAAAAGAUAAUUCAGAAACAAUCAUACCACCUACUCCUAAAAGGCACGCUCCAAAUCGAUUAAAUAUCAUCAGCAAUAAAAUCAUUGCUUUGCCACCCCUAAAAACCAUCCUAAGCAGGCAGCGAUCAAGGAUGAACACGUCCCUCAACCGAAGUUUAUGCGAUACUUCCUUCACCAGUCCUGCCAACAGUCAAACUGAUAAACCCAAGAAGCCGGAUACUAGCAACAAACUCAGCCAGGAAAACCAGGCUCAAACUGAUCAUCAGUUUCAAAACGUCAAAGAGACUGCAGUGGAAAAUAAGACAGCCAUGGAACCACCACCGACAAAGAUGGCCAAACCAUCGGAUUAUUUAAAAAAUCUAAAAUUCACCAGUCAGUCCAACAAGUUUAAUAUGCCUAAAAUAACAUCAAGUCCACUCUGUAAACAACCUAGUCAGGCGAAUGUGAUGCAGAAAACGUCGAUCCUGAAGAGUCAAGCUGUGAAGAGGAGGCUGAACACAAGUAUUCAGGAAAUUGAGUCAGAUUUAAGCCAAAGAAAAAGGGAGAAAAAUGUGAACUUUGCAAGCCCAAUACAGCAACAUAGGGAGAUAGAUCACACCUUAUCCUCGAAUGAAGAGAACUCAAGUUCGUUGAAUGCAACUUCUAACAUGAAUACGAGUGGAUUUUUGGAUGAACCGAUGGCGUUGACUCCUGCAAAUGAUGAAUUCACAAUGAUGGGAAAUCCAGAAUUCAGUUUUGGUCCAUCCAGUGAUAUCCAGUCUGGCAAAAACCAUGGAAAUGGUACCAACAUGACUCCAAUGUCUAUAUUUGGCGAAACAAAUGAUACAGGAUCGUUUGGAUUUUCUUUCGGUGGCUUAUCCAAAACAGAUGAAAUGUGGGAUUUGUUUGGAUAGGUACCUUUGGAUUUCUUUCUUCAAGUGUUGUUAUUGUUAUUACUGAAUUGUUAUUUGACGAUUAAAUUGUUCAAUGUU